AUGCCAAACCCUGCGCCGAAGGAGGAUACGUGGGCGUUCAAUCCGAUCGGGUCGCCAUUUCCGGACAAUCCUGUCAAAGUGCUGGGCCAGCAGAACAUGUACGUCGCACUGUGGUACAAGAACGGAAAGCCGGUGCACGGCUACGCAUGGAACGACGGUGGCGUUGUACAAGCUUCAUUUCCGUACGGCAAGGCUGAGCUCACAGGGAAAGUAGAUCUUGGCGGCAUGAUUCAGGUGCUGCAGUACAAAGGAGACCACAACUCGCUCGGCUAUUGGUACGAGUGGAUCAAGUACAAGGACCGUUUCGAGAAGACCGAUCAACGUCAACUGGUUCGGUGCGGCGACUCGAUGCCCAUUCUAUGGGUUAAUCGUCCUGGUGGAACACUGCUCGGCUACUUGAACAUGAAGACGGAAGAAGCCUACUUUUCACAAGCUGGCAAGGCAGAAUGCGUCGUUGGAAAACCGCUCUCGGAAAUGAUGAUCAUUAUUCGAAAUCUGAAAGGAGGCCCUCCAGGAUGUGUGUGCGCCAGCUGCCCCAAGGGACCGCCGCCAGUGCUCAUCAUGCUGAACGAGUGGGCAGACAUCAGGAUGGGAGACCCAUGGCCAGGAUAUAGGACGGUGAGAGCUGGUGACAAGACGCUGAACGCAACGGCUGGAGACUCUGCUGAGCAGCAUGUGGCCUUGUGGUAUGUGCACGGUGAACCUGUGAUGGGCCGCAUCUGGAACAAUGGUGGAAAGGUCGCUGCUGCGUUUGGCUGGAACGGCAAGGCCUUCACCGACAAUAUUGGCUCCAUUCAAGUCCUCGUCGACCUUCCUGAGCAAGUUCGCGGCUACGACUACCUUUGGCGCCCGUGGAGUGAUGCUGCCGUCUAUGACAAGAACUCCCGAGUGUACUAUCCAGUACACGUGGACCACGUGAAAGGUAUCGAUCAUAUAAUACCUUGA